AAGAAACCUGUGCCAUUUGAUGUCUUCCUCCGCUUUUGGGAGCAACUCCCCGGCGAACUGCAUAAUUACAUUCAUCUCAUCCUGGAGAACUCCGACGACAAGAACACUGCUUCAGCGCUCUCCUUAAUCUCGCAAGUCUGGUGCCGACACUUUCGUCCUCGUCUCUUCGCUUUACUUCUGCUGGCAGGUGAAGAGGACUGUCGUAUUCUUUUUCGUAUAGUGCGGUCCCCGCUAUCGGCCUGGCUUAAAGAGCACAUCACAGAGCUACGCUUCGAUCACCAUCAUCUUCACGAUCAUCGGCUCUGGAUAGCACUUGUCUCCGUUCUCCCAGCGUGCCGCCGCAUUGAGCAUAACUUCAAGGACGACCCCGGACGCAUAUCAUACAGCGCGGCUUUGAAGAGCUCGUUACGGAGUAUCACUUCCUUGACACUCGUCAACUGCAGCUUCCCGUCGCCCCAGAUUUUGCUCCGCAUACUGGCGGAUAUCACCGACCUAGAAGCUGUUACUCUCGUGGACGUAAAAUGGCCGGAUGACCGGCUCACAACAGCAGCUGGCACUGCGAACAACGUCUGCACGGGCGCUUUCAGUCACGUCCGCUCGGUCACGAUGCGUCGCUGCACGAACAACUUGGUAGUGCCCGCUUGGAUCCUGGCCGCCGCGAGCACACGACACUCGUUCACCAGGCGUCAACCUGCAGGGCUAGCAGUCCCUGCAGAGACACGGGCCAUCAUACAGCUCAUCCAGGUAUUCUUGGGUGACGGGACAAUCAGUUCUUCAGAGUUUAAUACCAAACAAGCGACCCCAGGUGAGUUUGAAUUGUCGCCAUACCAGGCUGCCGUACUCAUAUAA